UUCUUUUUCAGUUUCAGGAUGAAGAAAGCUGUCAGUAAAGCGUCAAUGUCUAAUGUCAGUGUAGGGAAAUCUAUGAAAAUCCUGAAAAUCUAGAUAUCAGUGUUAUUUUUUUAUUAAUUUGGUGUAUCUAGAAUGGGAAUAUUGAAGAUUUAAUAGUGAAAAUAUUAACAGAAAUUAUUCUUGAAAUCGGGAUUCCCGACAGGUGGAUGUGGAGCUAUGCCGGAGCAUUUGGAACUUCAACACCUUGUGGACUUGUCGGCGGGGAGCGGCGACGAGACACUACCAAAUCUUCUUGAGAACAAGAGACCAUUAAUAAAGAGAUGCCCAUAUCUCGGCCUGAUACUGGCGACAUUGUCGUCUUUGUUCUUCUCACUAUGUUCGGUUAUCGUUAAAAGCCUCGUUAACAUCGACCCUAUGCAACUCGCCAUGUUCCGAUUUAUUGGAGUACUUCUUCCAACUAUACCCAUAGUCAUAUAUACAGAACAGCCUGUGUUUCCUGAAGGGAAGCGCAUCCUCCUACUAUUGCGGUCCAUUGUAGGCACAGUAGGCUUAAUGUUAAGUUUUUAUGCUUUCCGUAACAUGCCACUGGCAGAUGCUUCUGUUAUAGUAUUUUCAGUGCCAGUUUUUGUUGCAUUGUUUGCUCGAGUGUUCUUGAAAGAACCUUGUGGUAUUUGGAAUACAAUAUCCAUUAUAUUAACUCUUAUUGGAGUGAUAUUAAUAACUCAUCCACCAUUUUUAUUUGGUGAUGAUCCUGGUGCAGAGCAUAAUCAGAAUUACAAUAGUUUACGAGGAGCUGUAGCUGCCUUUAUAUCAACAAUAUUUGGAGCAAAUGCUUAUGUCCUGCUUCGAGUGCUCAAAGGAUUGCAUUUCUCAGUAAUAAUGACAAACUUCGGUGCUAUUGCUAUAAUACAAACAUUGUUUUACUCAUAUGUGUUUGGGGUGUUAUGUAUGCCUAUUUGUGGCACUGAGAGAUUCCUUGUAGUAUGUUUGGCUUUGUUUAGUUAUCUGGGUCAGAUAUUGUUGACAAUGUCUUUGCAAAUGGAACAGGCUGGUCCUGUAGCCAUUGCUAGGUCUGCAGAUAUAGUGUUUGCGUUUUUGUGGCAAGUCAUGUUCUUUAACGAGAUUCCAAGCAAGUUUUCUGUAUGUGGAGCCGUGUUAGUUUUAAGUUCAGUUAUGUUAGUUGGUUUACGUAAGUGGGCCCUGGCUUUGCCUACAGAUUCACAAUUGAGAUGUAAGUUGGGUGCACUAGCACGAUAAACUGUUUUAUUGGAUCACACUUGCAUAAUAUAUAAUGCCGCCACAUUGUUUAUGAUUAAGUUACUUGAAUGUUUCAGUUGUGAAUGGCUCAAAAGCACUGGAAAUACCUACUUUUUUUGUUUGAAAAUCUUGACAGGAAUUAAUCCUUUAUUCUAGUUUUAAAUUGUUAAUGGCACUAUACAAUAGUUAUGCCCUCUAAUUUGUGAUUGUUCUCCUAAGUUGUUAUUUAUAUCAUGUCUUUUGAUGUUCAAUAUUAUUUACCUACUAAUCUACAGAGCACACAAAUUAAUGGUCUUGUAGGUUUGACAUGAACCAAAUACUUACACCAAAGAAAUAAUUUAGGUUUGGUAUUUUGUACCUUUGUAUAAUUCUGAAGGUUUACAAUUUAUUAUAAUCCCAUUCAUCUGAAUCUCAACCUAUGUAAUUUAUUUAUUUUAUGGUUUUCGAGAGUAACCAAGCACACCAUUCUUGUUAAUUGGAACCUUGUCAUUAAGUGCUAAAGAGUCAUUUUACUUCGACAUAAUAAAACAGUCUACAAAGAGUAGAACGUUUGCUUUAAGUGCUUGUAAGUAUGUAUAAGAAUGGACAGAAACAAUAACUAUUAUAAAUUGUAAUAUUUAAGUAAAACCUUUCACCCUAAAAGACUGUUAAGUAAGUCCACUCAAACUUGUGUUGUGUGCGUUGGCCUCUAUUUAUCACUCUGCCUAGUAAUUGUGUUCCUCAUCGGCUUUAAUAAUUUAGUCCUAUCAUUUAUUAUUAAUAUUAAUUAUUUAAAUGUUUAUUGUUGUCAGAAAGCUUUAUUGAAUUACUAUUUGCUUAGAUAUCGCUAUUUGUUAUCAAUUAUCUUGUAAUCCUAUUUAUUAUAUAUACAUAUAUUGCUAAUAAUAUUUAAAUGGUUACAUCUCACAGUUACAUAUCACCAAAGUUAUUUAUUUGUGUUCACUAAAAUAUCCUCGUUCAUAUAACUAUUUUAUAGCAGUCACAUCUCAAAUAAUUUUGUGAAAACCAAAUAAUAAUAUUAUGUAGUCAUUCUCAUCUAGUCAUGUGUAGUUAAAUAAGAAGUAGUCAUUUUAAUCUUGAUAUUUUUGUUUAAUGAAGAAAAUAUAAUAUUUUUAUAGGAUCCAAAAUGUUUAACUCUAAAAAUUGUUUUAAUUUCAAUCACAUUUUACAAUCGUGUAGUUAGUUAAUUACGUAAUUUCGGUUUGAAAAUGAUUCUUAAGAAGAUUUAGUCAUUAAUAACAUAGAUAUAUGGCACAAUAAUGAAGAAUAGUUUGUUAAAAUAAUGAUUAAGUGAUUCAAGGACUAUUUACAUACCCCUGCAGUAAACAAAUAAGCGCAAUCAACACAUCUGAAGUACUACUUCCCAACAUAAUUUUUUUAAAUUGUUUUUCUUUUAACUAUGCCAAAAGCUUUUUAUAGUUGGUUAAAUAUACCUGCAUACGAUAUUUCAAAUGUUUAUCGGCUAAAUUGGUGUUGUUGACUGUACAUAAUUGAUUGGAUUGUGAUAUUUUUACUUCUAGUCAUAAAACUACUAUGUACACUGCUUAAUUUAAUAAAUAUAAUGUUCAAUAUUAUACAGUAUUCAUUUAUUUUAUGACCUGAGUACCUAGUUUGGGUUUGGUGCUGAUUAGCAACGUAGCUUACUACGUUAUCAAUGGUGCUUGUUAUUAGAAUUCAAAUCUCGCGGGCUACCUUGGCAUCCACC